CGAGGCUGGCUCGCUUGGGGACAGCACGUGGAACUGUGGAAGCGUCACUCGGUGACUGCAGUCGAAGUCUCACUUGCUGACUGGAUGCCCAAUUGAACCCCAUUUCCAUCUCCCCUCACCGAAUCCAUCUCCACAAUAAACGGGCGGCGUGACAGACGGCCGCUAUCUUUCGACCUUGGACUGUUUGUGACGACAUCACGCGACGAAUCGCGCCGACAUAGGGUCUACCACGAUCAAGGGUAACACAGAAGCAGGAGGUUAGACAGCGGACGGAAAGGGAGGAGAAAUCCGAGACGUAAUUCAGGGAGUUGAGUCGCGACAAAUCGUCGACGUCGAUUGGGAAUUGCCUCGACGGCCGGCAUCAAUCACACCAACCGACGAGCUGUUCCGACAGCAGAACAACAGACCGAACCAUCCAAGCAUACCCAGGAGUCAACUAGACUUUGUCCGAACUCGGCGGCGCGUUCCAAGAUGGCCUCAAGAGCCUCCGCCGGCGCAGCCGCAGCAGGCCCUCGAGCCAGCCCCAGCCCAGGAGGCCCGGGAGUCACGGCCAAGUCCACCUCGGAUCCCAUUCUUCGCAAUGCUCUGCGAUACACCAUCUCGGCUCGCGAAUACGCCGUGCUGCACAAACACGUCAUCUCCAAGUCCAAAACACUGAAGAAACGGGCACCGACAGUCGAUACCGUGCAGAGAAUCAUGGACGGUGAACUCCAGAAUAGGGGUCGCGGUGGUGGUGGUCAGGCAUUGCGUGCCAGUGCCAGUGGUAACGCUUCUUCCGGCGACAAGGGAUCGAAGGCGAAGGCUAAAGAGGAGGUAUUGGCCAGGAUUGCUGGCAAGGGAGCGGGUGCCGACGAUUACAAUGCGAGGGCGAUUAGACACUCGCUGCGCGUGUUCAUUGCGACAGGCGCGUUGAUGAAGCUGUGGGGGAUCGUGUCGGCGAGGGUUCUAGGGAAGAAGCAAGGUGGUGCUGCCAGCGGUCAGAAGCAACCGCUUCACAAGUCGCCCACCCUCCGGCUAUCCGUAUCACUCAGCACCAUCUUGCUGAUGUACCGACUUCUUUUCCGCUUCUUCACGCGCCUACGUGCUCACUUGCUGGACCCUACGGCGGCUCCCUUCCGGAUUCGCAACCCCAAGACUACGCUCACACUUACGUCGCCGUACGCCCCUGCCGUCGGCGCCUCUCUGGCUGGUCUUGCGCUGGGUGUCUAUCCGAGCCAGCAGCUACGUGUUUCCAUUGCCGUGUAUGCGCUCUUCAGAGCACUCGAGUUCGGAUGGAAUUGUGCCGAGGAUAACGGCAUGGUAUGGGGUUGGGAUAAGGGCACCCAUGGCAGGCCGGAUAAGAAGCGGGCGAGGCCGUGGUGGUGGGGAAGCUGGAUGUUGCAGCCCUUCGCCUUUGGCCAACUGUUGCAUGCCGCCGUGUUCGAUCGGGACUGUUUCCCUACGGCAUAUGGCGACUUCAUCUUCAAGCACUCGACGGCCUAUCUCCAUGCCAGGCCCGAGGAUUUCCCUCUCAGCCUGAAGUGGCCCAAGGUUUACGAAAUCAUCGACAGCCUCGCCACAAUGGCCAAGCUGAACUGGCCAGCAUUCAUCUCCCCCGUCCUCUUCCCAGGCAAAGAAGACACCCUCCCAGCCUCCCUCUCCGCCAUCGCCCCCCUCACCUCGGGCGCCCACCCACUCAUCACAUCCCUCUCCUGCGCCACCCUCCACCCUUCCGACCCGUCCUGCACGCGCACCUUCCUUACCUUCUGGCUGCGCUCCUUCCCCCCGCUAACCAAGAUCCUCCUCCUCGUCUACUCGGCCAUGGUCCUGCCCCGCUUCAGCUCGCUCUACCACUACCCGCUCUCCACCAUCCAGGGCAUCAUCUCCAACGCGCUGCGCAUGUCGACCUUUCUCACGGGCGCCCUGGGCACCUGGUGGAGCAGCAUCUGCUUCUUCCAGACGUGGCUCCCGCGCACGUUCAUGCCCACGCAACGCUUUUUCUUGGGAGGCUUCCUGGCCGGCUUCUGGGCGUAUCUGGAGAAGAAGAAGGGCAGGCCGAUCUUCUUGCACACGGCCAAGGCGAGCUUGAAUAGCCUUUGGAAGGUCGGUGUUAAGAGGAGGUGGUGGCGGGCGAUGAAGGGCGGCGAUGUUUGGGUAUUCGUAGCGGCGUUGGCGCUUACGGGCGUGGUGUAUGAGAGGGACGCCAAGGCAUUGAAGGAGGGGAAUUGGAGAAAGGGUGUUUCUUGGGUGAGAGGUGAGGGGUGGAGGGAUUGGGUGGAGACGUUGGAGAUUGAGGGCGAUGAGGCGGAUGAGAAGGAGGACCUGAAGCUUUAUGAGCGGGAGAUUGAAGAGGAUGAGUCGGAGGAGGAGGGUUUGAGGUACUGAGCUGGGAGGUCCCUGAUUUGAAGGGUUGGAAUGGAGAGGGAAAAUGGGGGUUUUGGUAUAGUGGUGGAAAAGGGGGAUGGGGGUUCUUGCUGUGCGAGCAGCCCUCGAUGGAUUGGCUGGCUGGCUGGCUGCCUUUUUGAAGAACAGACAUUAAAGACGUGACGGAGUGAUGGUUGCUUAAUGGCCUUGCCAAUGAUUGAUUGGGUGUACGUAGGUAGCCUGCGUACUUGUUUGAUGUAUAUACCCUUCUUUAGAUGAUUCUUGUUACAUACAUAUAGAGCUUGACUUACCGCACC